GUCAACAGACAUGGUUGGCAAAGGAAGUUAAUUCUUUCAACAGUUACCUAAAAACAGCAUGGGGAAUUUGUAUGUUGACGUGUAGACUCAGAGUUAGCAAAUAUCAGAUUCUUACAACAACUACAGAAGAGCAAGAGACUACUCCGAAGAGAAUUUACGUUUUGAUCAAAGUUCACUUGGGAGGUAUCACCGACGUUCACGUUUGCUGCCCAAGAGAGAAGACCAUAGCAAGUAUGAAUUCUGAAUUUCUGUUGGAGGAGUUCAUGGAUGGCAGCGCUUUAGAUUUUACCGAGCUAGAAGAGCAGUAUCCACUAUGCGGAUAUUUACCGGACAACACAGAUGGCCUGGUCGAUCAACAUAUUGACUCCAUGUCUUUAUCAUGUCCUGUUGAUGUCUACCUGGAUUAUCUGUUCUCAAAAGGAAUAGUAGACUCUAUGGACGAGCAAAUUUACCUGGGAGCGGAUUGCGACGAGGUAGGCGAAUUAAAAGAACACUUAAUUUCCUCAGUGUUCAACUCUUACUACAAGCAAACCUUUGGACUUGAGAUGGGUUCAUGCGUUAAAGAUAACCUCGUGUUGUCAGCCAGUUUAUUACUCCCUGACGUCAAUGAUUCAAACAGUGAUUCUUCCUCUAUGAGCGACUCAAGCAGUGAUAUUAUUUCCGAUAACUUAGAAGGGCUCGCAACUCGAUAUCAAUGUCCAGGGUCAGAAGGUCAAACAGCGCUGAUGAGCCUCCCGCUGGCCAAACCAGGUGCAGGAAAACCGUCAGCCGGACGGGUAGAACGCGCGAGACGUCGAGUAUCCACGCGCGAAUACAAAUGCAACUUCCCCGGCUGCAGCAAAGUGUACACGAAGAGCUCCCAUCUAAAAGCGCAUAUACGUCGCCAUACCGGAGAGAAACCGUUCGCUUGUACGUGGAAAGGGUGUAAUUGGAGGUUUUCAAGAUCGGAUGAGCUAGCUCGCCAUAAGAGAUCGCACAGCGGGAUAAAACCAUUCAUAUGCGACUUAUGUGACAAGAGGUUUUCCCGCUCGGAUCACUUAGCUAAACACAGGAAAACUCACUAUCGUACAAGGAAAAACUCUUCUUUUGUUGUAAAAGUGUAAAAAGGACCAAGUAUUGACUUAAGAUUGAUCACAAGAGCGGUACUUUUGUUUUAAGAAGGUAAACAUUUCAUGUGAAGUUUGUCGUUCGAAUCCAAACAGAAGCAGAGCUUAGCAAGAGCACGCUCUUAUUAUGAUUGAUACCCACUCUCGUUUAUCUUAGUUCCUAUGUAAAUAUGUUUUUCAGUCACUUCCGCAGACAUCAGUCACAUUUCUAAAAUUUGUUUUUCAUGAUGGAUAUUUUGGCUUUACCCAACGUUCUCACCAAAGAGGAUUUCAUCGCUCGACAACAAACGAACGUAACAAAACAAAUCAGUUUUUGUUAUAGGCUGUAAAAGAAACGGAUGUAAUAUUUUUUUCACUUAAUAGGACAUUGCAUAGCCUCGACAAGUUGUUAAUAUUGUGAACGACCCUGUUACAUGCAAUAAAAGUCCAUAUUUUCUCUUUAAA